AUGGAUAAGUUUCUCAUCAAGUUACCAAAGCCAAAAGAUGGCCAACCAAGUUCUAGCUCUAAUCAACCAUUUGUGAGUUCACAAGUUGCUCCGGAAGUUCAAAGACAUACAAAUUCUUUUCCACUUUCAAAUAUGGAUAAUAUACUUGAUUUUAAAUCUCUGGAAGCAGAUCCCAAAGAUCGAAUGCCUAUUUCAUCUUAUUGUCAUAAUAUUCGAAAUGCGGUAAGAAGGUAUUACAUUCAAAAAAAGCCAUGUCAACUUGUUGAUCAUAUCUUCCCUAAAACUAAGUUUGGAGAUAAAAUGCGUCAAUUUCGACCAACUUGGUUUAAGAGAAGAUCUCAAUGGUUGGAAUAUAGCAUUAAAGCAGACACAACAUUUUGUUUGUGUUGUUUUUUGUUCAAGAAUGAACUUGAAAGUCGUGGAAAUGCCGGAGAUUCAUUUACAAGAGAUGGUUUUAGGUGUUGGAACAAAGCUUUAGAAAGAUUCAAAAAACAUGUUGGUAAGGUAAAUAGUAUCCAUCAUAAAUGUUUCAAUAGGAUGCAAGAUUUGAAAAACCAACGACAAUCGAUCCAAUCUUCUUUUGACAAGCAAAGUGAAAAGGCAAGAAGUGAUUAUCGGAUGCGUUUAAAUGCCUCAAUUGAUGUAGCAAGAUUUCUCUUGACAUCGGGAUUUCCAUUUCGUGGACAUGAUGAAAGUGAAGGUUCCGAAUAUAAGGGUGCUUUUCUUGAACUUUUGAAAUGGUAUGGGGAUAGAAGUUUUGAUGUGGGAAGAGUAAUAUUAGGUAAUGCUCCACAAAAUGAUAUGAUGAUUUGUCCGACAAUUCAAAAAGAUAUUGUGGAGGCUUGUGCUAAAGAAACAACUAAGGCUAUCAUUGAAGACUUGGACGGUGAUUAUUUUGGAAUAUUAGUUGAUGAAUCAAAGGAUGUUUCUCAUAAGGAGCAAAUGGCUCUAAUUUUGAGAUAUGUCAACAAAAGUGGAAUGGUGAUAGAGCGAUUCUUGGGUAUUGUCCACGUAAAUGAUACAUCUUCUCAAUCAUUAAAAAAGGCAAUUUAUUCUUUGCUUUUGGAUCACUCAUUAUGUACAUCCAAAAUACGUGGUCAAGGUUAUGAUGGGGCUAGUAAUAUGCAAGGGGAAAUAAAUGGUCUCAAGUCUUUGAUUUACAAGAUACGGCAUCUGCAUGUUCUAUUCAAUGUUUUGCUCACCAAUUGCAAUUGGCACUUAGAUUCACUUCGACAACAUCAAGAAGAUAAGUUGGAAGAGUUGCUUAAAUUUGGAGAAGUUCAUACAGGGCAAGGUUUGAAUCAAGAACGUGGCCUCCAACGACCGGGUGAUACUCGUUGGGGGUCUCAUUUUAAAACCUUGGACAAUUUCCUGAUUCUUUUUUCUUCAAUUGUUAAUGUGCUUAAGAAUAUGAAACGUGAUUGUCCUUAUUAUCUUGAUAGAUUUACGGCGGAAAAUCUUUUGAGCAAGAUUCAUGAAUUUGAAUUUGUCUUUAUGUUGCACUUGAUGUUUAAGGUGUUGCUAUUGACGAAUGAGUUGAACAAAGUUUUACAAAAGAAAGAUCAAGAUAUCGUUAAUGCUAUGGAAUUGCUUGACCUUUCAAAGAACUGA